AUGUUGCAGACAGUCAGUGAGUGGCUGUGGUGGGAGCGUCUGUGGCUGCCAGCCAAUGUCUCCUGGUCCGAUCUGGAGGACAGUGAUGGUCGUGUCUAUGCUAAAGCCUCUCAACUUUACGCUGCUCUGCCCUGCGCCCUCGGCCUGCUCCUCGUCAGAUACUUGUUUGAGAGGUUCCUGGCAACACCACUGGCUAAUGUUUGGGGAGUCAGGAACAGUGUACGUCUCACUGCAGAACCAAGCCCCAUCCUAGAAAACUACUUCUGCAGCCAAGCACGGGCUCCAUCACAGGCUGAUGUGAGGUCUCUGUGUAAGAAGACCAGCUGGCCAGAAAGGAGAGUUCAAGUGUGGUUCAAGAGGAGAAGAAAUCAGGAGCGUCCAGGGCUUCGCAAGAGGUUCUGCGAGGCCAGUUGGAGAUGUGUGUUUUAUUUUUUUGCAUUCGUCUGCGGAGUCCUAGCUCUCUAUGAUAAACCUUGGCUUUAUAAUAUGAAGGAGGUUUGGGCAGGCUUCCCUAAACAGUCCAUGCUGCCAUCUCAGUACUGGUAUUACCUCUUGGAAAUGGGCUUCUACCUUUCUCUGCUCCUCAGCCUCACAUUUGAUGUAAAACGGAAGGACUUCAAAGAGCAGGUGAUUCAUCACAUAGCCACACUGACUCUUCUAAGUUUCUCCUGGAUUUCAAACUACAUCCGUAUCGGAACCCUGGUGAUGGCAGUCCAUGACUCCGCUGACAUACUUCUAGAGGGUGCAAAGGUAUUCAACUACGCAAAGUGGCACCAAACUGCUAAAGUCAUGUUUGUGGUGUUUACAGUUAUCUUUAUGCUGACAAGACUUGUCAUUUUUCCUUUCUGGUUGAUUCACUGCACAUGGGUGUACCCAGUGGAGAAGUUUUCUCCCUUCUUUGGCUACUACUUCUUCAAUGUGAUGUUAUUGGUUCUCCAGAUACUCCACCUCUACUGGGCUGUUCUCAUAUCACGAAUGGUUUGCAAGGUUAUCUUCAGCAAGCUGGAAGGCGACGACCGGAGCGAUGAAGAGGAAAAUGACAGUGACUCGCCAGAGGAAAGAUACCACAAAUUGAGUUGCACAAACAGCUCUGGAGCCAGAGGCCGGGCCAAUGGCCACUGAC